UGUAACCAUGUCAAUAUUCCUCCCUCGCUUUUUACGCCAAAACAUGGCCUCAUCUUGGCUUUCUCAACCUGCGUAACGGUGUUUGCCUAUCGUACGAAAACAGAAGAGCCGUAAUUGCGCAGGAAUGACGAUAUUCCUAAAAUAAGAUACGGAACUUCAGAGAGUAUCCACCUAAGUGGCAACGCGUUUGUUUGAUUCUUUUCUUUCUUCUCGGUUUAUUACCAGUGUAAUCUGACAGGUCAGUACUGCGUUUAUAAAGACUUCCUAUAUCCUAAAGUUUCUCACUGGCACUAAAGGUGGGCGCUAUACUGCGACCAUCUACGGAUCCCGUGGAUAUGGAUCGGGCAGGAGUGUUAUCUUUACGGACAUGUCUUUUGCUCAGACUUCUGGCGACAGCUGCUUUGUGUGCGCCACAGCGCUGCGGGGACUAUUUUCAAGGACUAUGCAAAGCUCACCAGGAGAAGAGACCCGAAUGCACGGACAUCAUGCUGGCUUACUGUGAUGACAUGCCCUACACCAAGACUACGUACCCCAACAUCCUGGGUCAGAGGAACCGUGAGGAGGUAGAGCAGAGCACCGAGUACCUGCUGCUGAGUGUGAUGAACUCUCUGCUGGGUGGGGAAUGCACCCCAGACAUGCGCAUGCUGGCCUGCUCUGUGGUAGCACCACACUGCGAGGGUCACAGGAUCGUCAAGCCGUGCCGCAGCACCUGCGAGGCUGUCCACAAGGCCUGUGCCCACGCCUUUGAGGGCAUUGCCAUGGCCUGGCCCUACUUCCUGGACUGCGACCGCUUCUUCGUCAGUGAAGAGGAGGGCUGCUAUAAUCCCCUGGAAGGCCUGCGUGAGAGAGAGGUGAUUGCAGUGACCAGUGGUUCUACAGAGGAGCCCUCAACAAUCAUCCAGUUCCUUUAUCACUCCAACACACAAAUGCUCAACAUCCUAGAGAAGACAGCGGAACAGUGUUCCCACAUUUCUAGAACAUACAGCAUUGGACAGAGUUUUGAAAAGAGAGACCUGCUGGUAAUUGAGUUUUCCAACAACCCUGGAGAGCAUGAGCUAUUGGAGCCUGAAAUCAAGUACAUUGGGAACAUGCAUGGGAACGAAGGCGUGGGCAGAGAGCUGCUGAUUUACCUAGCCCAGUACCUGUGCUCUGAGUAUAUGCUGGGGAACACUCGCAUCCAGAACCUCAUCAAUACCACACGGAUACAUCUCCUACCCUCCAUGAACCCGGACGGCUACGAGUUGGCCUUUUCUGAAGUGUACAGCGGAACUGACUCAGAUUACGAUGAGGAUGCCAGAUACAGUAGGGAUGCAGGUGGCCGAAACAAUGCCCAGAACAUAGACCUCAAUAGGAACUUCCCAGACCUGACCUCUAUCGUCUACAGCCAACGUAGGCUCAGGCAUUACCGCACUGACCAUAUCCUCAUCCCAGACUCGUACUGGGAUGGUAAGGUCGCUCCAGAGACAUAUGCCGUCAUGAAGUGGAUACGAUCGCUUCCUUUUGUCCUGUCAGCUAACUUCCACGGAGGAGAUCUGGUUGUGUCCUACCCUUACGACCUCUCCAAGAGUCCUCGGGGAAAUAUGUUCUCUCCAACCCCGGACGAGCAGGUCUUCAAGCAGUUAGCCAGAACGUAUGCAGAUGCCCAGGCUGCCGAUGUCGCAAUGGCCAGCCAUGACACGUACAGCUGUGGUAGCAAGUUUGAUGAUAAAAGGGGUAUUGUCAAUGGGGCUGAAUGGUACAGCAUUGCAGGAGGAAUGGCAGACUUCAAUUAUCUCCACACAAACUGCUUUGAGAUAACAGUAAACCUUGGCUGUGACAAGUUUCCCCCAAAGGAAGAUCUGUAUAGCAGCUGGCAAGCCAAUAAAGAAGCUCUCCUGAGUUUAAUGGAGUCGGUGCAUAAUGGGAUAAAAGGCAUUGUAAAAAAUGAAGAUGGGCAUGGUAUUAAAGGAGCCACUGUGUCAGUCAAAGGGAUCAGGCAUCACAUCACAACAGCUGAAAAUGGAGACUACUGGAGACUGCUGACCCCUGGCAUCCACGUCGUGGCUGCCUCAGCGCCGGGUUACGCAAAAGCCAGGAAGAGGGUGCACCUUCCCAGUAACAUGCAGCGGGCAGGCAGAGUGGACUUUGUGCUUAGGAAGACUCAGUUAAAGCUUGAUGACUUCCCAUCUGUGGGCACAUACAUGCGAUUCGACCCUUUUAAGCAGCACUACGACGUGAGGGAAUCUGAGCAAGGAGAAGCGGAGAGGCAAGAAAAGCCCUGGUGGUGGUCAUACUUUGCCCAUGCUAGUAACCAAAACCCCACCUGGCUCCUGAGAAAUUAGCUCCACCUAGUGGUCUGAUGGCAUCUUUGCAGGUCGUUCUUGUGUACACUUAAUCUUAUCUUAAUAUGUUACAUGAAUAUUGUUUGCUAUAACACAGCAAACUAUGUGGUGUUCAGAGCAAAGCAUUACUAUGAAACAUUAAAGUGCAGUCUACCAGAUUUUCCAUAGACUAUCCAAAAGAACUAUUUUAUUUCAACUCAUAAUUACAACAGUGGCCUGUGGUAAAAUGUACUUAAUAAAAUGUAUAAUCUUCGGGUCCUUACAGUUGUCUUCUGAUAAUGUUCAUAAAAUAACAAAUUUAAACCAA